AUGGGAAAGAAAUCAAAGAGGCGCUCUGGUGGUGGAAAAUCUGGAACAGCAACGCAGCGUCGUCACAAGGAAUCUGCAGCUGGCAAUAACGACCUGAAGCACUCGUGGAAAGGAAAUCCUGCAGCAAACAAAGUCAGCAAAACUGGUGCCCUGGAUGGCGUGAAACCAGAAGUCUAUAAGGCACUUGUGGAAUUCAUGACAAUGAAAGAAGAGACUCUGGAGUUCCAUGCGUCAAUGGCGGCUAUCCUACAAGAAAUGCGCAAGUUCUACAAGACAGUCAAAGCUGACAGCGGCGAUCCGCAGGCUCAGAGACUCUGGAAAAUCAUCUGCACAUAUCCUGAAAAGAGAACAGACCCAGAAAGAGCUGCUAUCGCCAGGGCCUUUGUGACAUUCAAGAAUGACGACAAAACUUGCAAUGCAAGAAUCUACUACUUCCAUUACUAUUUCAGGGAGAUGCACACUAAUGUGGAGGACUACGAGUAUGGUGACCCCAAGCCAGUAACAGAAGAAGACAAGCGGUUCCUGCGUGGAAUCAUCAGAUCUUCCGAUGCCGAACCGGCAUUCUUUGUGGCACAUGCCAUUUUUUUGCGCGCAACAAUUGCUACGAAAACGGAAGGCGAUGAUGAACAAGCACUCCACUUUUUGAGCAAGGUGAUUGAAUACUGUGAUAAAGCCAGUAAUGAGGAAAUGUCACAAAAGGUGGGCUUUCUGAAUGAGAAUCGUCCUACUUGGACUGCGGGGGAUUACCUCAUGGAUAUUCGAAGGCAUGCUGAGCGCUGCUGGGAACGCUUCAGAUUGCUAAACCAAUGCAAAGGCAUGACACGAGCUCCCGGACCAUUCUCGGGAACACAAGAAAUUGUGCCGUGUAAAGGGUGA